UCUUUCUCUUCCUCAGUUCUCUAUUUUCAGGAGAGAAGAAAAAGAAUCCAAAAGGAGAAUGAUAUCUCCAUAUCAUAACAACUAGGAUUGAUUUAUAUUAUUUUUUCUUAUAUAUUUUCUUUUCAAAAGUUGUUAUUCCUUAUUUUUGUUUCUUUUCAUUGAGUAUCAGUUAUUCUUUGUGUGAAAGAAUAGUGAAUGGCAGCAGCGGUUUCUUCCCCAAUGACUCAAUCUGUGACUGCAACAGCGGCUCCCGUAACUGCAUUGGGCGGAGGAUCAUUUUCCAAUGCCUCGCUGUAUGUGGGCGAUCUCGAUGGAAAUGUAAACGAGGAGCAACUUUAUGAUCUUUUCAGUCAAGUUGCUCAGAUUGUUUCGAUUAGGGUUUGCAGAGAUCAGAGCAAACGAUCCUCUCUUGGUUACGCUUAUGUCAAUUUUUCUAAUGCUCAGGAUGCAACCAAUGCCAUGGAACUUUUGAACUUCACUCCUGUUAAUGGAAAACCGAUUCGAAUUAUGUUUUCUCAACGUGAUCCAAGCAUUCGGAAAAGUGGACAAGGCAAUGUGUUCAUCAAGAACCUUGAUACAUCAAUUGAUAACAAAGCAUUGCAUGACACUUUUGCUGCUUUUGGCACUGUACUUUCUUGUAAGGUGGCUACUGAUAACAAUACUGGUCUGCCGAAAGGGUAUGGUUUUGUUCAGUUUGAUAAUGAAGAUUCUGCCCAGAAUGCAAUCAAACAGUUGAAUGGCAUGUUGAUCAAUGACAAGCAAGUUUACGUUGGACUUUUUAUCCGGCGUCAGGCUCGGACAAAUGGAUCACCUAAAUUUACUAAUGUGUAUGUGAAAAACUUUUCUGAAGCAUUCACAGACGAGGAUCUCAAUAAGUUGUUUGGCUCUUACGGUACCAUAACCAGUGCAACUAUCAUGAAAGAUAUGAAUGGAAAAUCUAGAUGUUUUGGUUUUGUAAAUUUUCAAAAUCCAGAUUCAGCGGCAACUGCAGUGGAAAGACUAAAUGGUACUGCCAUUGAUGAUAAGGUUUUAUAUGUGGGGAGGGCUCAGAAGAAAGCAGAAAGAGAGGCUGAAUUGAAAGCCAAAAUUGAGCAAGAAAGAAUAAGUAGAUAUGAAAAAUUACAAGGUGCUAAUUUGUAUUUGAAAAAUCUUGAUGACAACUUCAGUAAUGAAAAUUUGAAAGAUCUUUUUUCUCAGUAUGGAACUAUAACAUCUUGCAAGGUGACUGUCGACUCAAAUGGACAUAGCAAGGGAUCUGGUUUUGUGGCUUUUUCUACACCAGAGGAAGCAAGUAAAGCUUUGAAUGAAAUGAAUGGCAAGUUGAUUGGACGAAAGCCACUUUACGUUGCUGUGGCCCAGCGCAAAGAAGAGAGGAAAGCUCAUUUACAGGCUCAUUUUGCUCAAAUCCGAACAUCGGGUGGAAUGACACCUCUGCCUGCUGGCAUUCCUGUUUAUCAUCAUCCAGGGGCACCAAGACUUGCUCCUCAACAAUUAUAUUUUGGUCAAGGCAACCCUGGCUUCAUGCCCCCACAGCCUGCUGGAUAUUCAUUCCAGCAGCAAAUUUUGCCUGGAAUGAGGCCUGGGUUUGCCCCCAAUUUCAUUACUCCUUAUCCCCUUCAAAGGCAGGCUCAGUCUGGACAUAGGACUGGAGUUCGACGAAAUGGAAAUCUUCAACCAAUGCAACAGAGCCAGAUGAUGAUGCAUCGUAAUUCCAACCAAGGGUUUCGAUAUAUGCCUAAUGGUCGAAAUGGUCCAACUAUGCCCAUGCACUUUGAUGGUUCUGGAAUUAAUGCAGCACCUAAUGAUGGUCAGCGUUCUGGAGCAUUGUCUACUACACUUGCAUCGGCUCUUGCGUCUGCCACUCCAGAAAAUCAGCGCAUGAUGUUGGGUGAACAUCUAUAUCCUCUUGUGGAGCGGCUGACAUUAAACCAAUACACGGCAAAGGUGACUGGGAUGCUACUGGAAAUGGACCAGUCCGAAGUAAUCAAUCUCAUCGAAUCUCCUGAGGACCUGAAGACAAAGGUGUCUGAAGCUAUGCAGGUAUUAUAUGAGGCUGCACCUGAAUCUGGAGUUGCUGAUCAGAUUGGAUCGUUAUCCGUAAAUGAAUGAAGCAGGUGUCUAAAGUUUUCACCAAUAUGAUAUCAUUCUUUUGCGGAAUUACUAAUUUAUGAGAUGAUAUAGAGGGUGAUGAUGAUACGGAGGGGCUGAAGGAUUUCUUUGGUAGAUUUUUUUAGCAAUUGUUUCAGUAUUUUUCGACUUUUUUAUCAUUCUAUUUUAUUUAGGACUGAGUUUGCAGUAGAGUGAUCGGUUUAUUAGCUUUGGAAACAAUUUUGGAUUUUUAGACAUUUGAUUUCGGAUUUUGGUAGGCACAUUCUUCAAUCAUUUAAUUUCUUAAGUUAUUAAUUUUCUUUGUUGGAA